UCACAAAGUUCUAACAAACAUAUACAAAAUAUGAAGACAAAAUAAAAAAAAUAACAAAAGUUUUCAACGACAGAAAGAAGGGAAGGUUGAAGGUGGUGAAGAAAACACCACCGUCACCCUAACCUUCGUUAAUUUUCCACCACCACCACCACCUUUGUUUUGUAGAGAUCGAAAUAAUCAACAACAAGGAUUUAAAAAACCAUCGGCAACCGUGAUUUGAGUUAUAACAUCAAUUUUUUUCAACUGUCCUCAACCACAAUUGAAAUCACAUCGGGUUGCAUUUGUUCGUAAUUUAUCACGAUAUCAAUAAACCCAACCAAACCGUUAUGCAACUGUAACCGAUCAACAAGUUAAGAGAGGGGAAAAUGAGGGUAUUUAAAAGAGCCAGUGGAGCCAUCAAGGACAGGAACAGCAUAUGGGUUGCGAAAUUCUCACCAAAGGGUCCAUUCCACAACCCUGAUUUAGAAACCGUGAUAAUCAAAGCCACAAGCCACGACGAUAAGCACAUAGAUUCAAAGAACGUGCAAAGAGUGUUCCAAUGGCUACGAACCUCGCCCUUGUACCUGAAGCCUCUCGUGUGGAUCCUCUCCAUGCGCAUGCAAAAGACUCGAAGCUGGGUUGUGGCGCUCAAAGGCUUGAUGCUCAUCCACGGCGUUUUCUGCAUUGACAUUCCCGUGGUGCAACGCAUGGGGAGGUUACCCUUUGACCUUUCAAACUUCUCCGAUGGUCAUUUGAGCCCCGCUAAGGCUUGGAGCUUCAACGCUUUCGUUCGCGCUUAUUUUGCUUAUUUGGAUAAGAGGUCUGCGUUUGCGUCCUCCGAGACGAAGCAGAAGAAUGUUAGUAAUAAAAUGAAGGAGGUGGAUGAGACUUUGAUGGAAGAGCUUGAAAAGCUGCAAAAGUUGCAAGGGAUGAUUGACAUGCUUCUCCAAAUUAGGCCAAAGAAUGAGAACUUGAACGUUGGUUUGAUUCUUGAGGCUAUGGAUUGUGUCAUAGUCGAGGUUUUCGGUGUGUAUAGUAAGUUUUGCAACAAGAUUGCAAAAGUUUUGUUGAGAAUAUAUGAGGUUGGUGGGAAGAUGGAAGCGAGUAUUGGCCUCAAGGUUCUUCAGAAAGCAUCGAUUCAAGUGGAGGAGAUGUCUUUGUUCUUUGACUUUUGCAAGGAUAUUGGGGUCCUCAAUGCCUCUCAGUGCCCUAAGAUUGAUAGAAUAUCUCGGGAAGAUAUUCAAGAUCUUGAGAGGAUAAUCAGUGGUGCUUCUUCCAAGAAGGGUUGUGGUGUUGUGGGAAAUGAUGAGGAUAAUAAUAAGGCCAUUGUGGUGAGAGAUUGUUCUUCCACUGCAUCGGUUUCACAGCAGAAGGGGUCAGAGAAUGGUUUGAUGACUGUGAUCACGCAACAAUGGGAGGUGUUUGAUGAUGAUCAUAUAAUGGUUGGUGCUAAAGGAAUGGAUAAUGUGUCUAAUGGUGAUAAGGUUAUAAUUGGCACCACAACCAACCCUUUUGAGGAAUCAUAUGGCAUCGUACCUUAUGUACCUGCUCACUAUCAAUCUCUUCCUGAUCUAAUUAGUUGGUAGAAUCAUAGAACCGAGGUUUAUAUGUUGUUUUCUUUUCAUUUCACUAGAUUCAUUUUUCUAUAUAUGUAUAUUAAUAUACUGCUAGGGAAUCUAAGGAUUUAACUCACUUAAUUUAGCAGGACACAUGAAUUAUUAUAAACUCUAUGAUCCUAUCUUCAAUUCCUAUCAAUCAAAGAAGUAUACUAGGAAAAGGAAAUAUUGGAAAGUGGAAGCCAAAGGGGUAAAAGUUUUUCUGAUGCAUUUCUCUUCUCCACAUUAGCAGAAGAUCUUUGUGAAUCCCCCUUCUUCAGCAUUAGGAAAGUUUUAUGACAAUUUAUUAUGUUCUUAUUGU